AUGUUCUUCAACAAAUCUCCCAGUUACACCCCACUAUCUUCGCCUGGCUCUUCUUUCAAAAGAAAACCGUCUCGUACAGUCACCGCGUUAGUACUCAUCACUUGCACAACGGUUUUCGUAUCCGGACUCAAGCUCUUCUUCAACUCCCAAAGACUCCCAUCGCUAAACCAGCAAUGUCUAUUCCUUGAGCCUUCGUCCUACUCCCCAUUCUUCCCCAUUGACAUCGUCAACUCGAUUUUCCGUCCCAACCGCAUCGCGGUAAAUGGGGUCGACGUCUUGCAUUCAAGGUACCCUCAAGCCCCCGUGCAUCAACCGUUUGUACAAGCCAUCAAUGGGGAUCUCAACACUUUCUACAACAUUCACUCCCAUAAUGACUACUGGAGAUCUUUGCCAUUGUUCGACGCUUUGGAAAGAAAUUUCAAGAGCAUCGAGGCUGACGUCUGGUAUCAUCCUUCAUCCCCUGCAAAUCCCCAAUGCUUGACUAACAUUGAUGAUGAUAAUAAUAAUAACAAUAAUAAUAAUAAUAAUAACAACGAUAAUACUGUUGAAAAAUACUCAUCUUUGAAGAAUUUCAAAGAGUCAGAGUUGUACGUCGGCCACCACUCUUACUUACUAUCAAAGGACAAAACCAUCAAUUCUGUGUAUAUCGACCCUUUGUCAGAAAUGCUUACUAAUCGUAACCAACAGUCCGACAGCGACGCUCCUGCCGGAGUUUUCUGGAACUUCCCUAAUGAGAGUCUCAAUUUUAUCAUUGAUAUCAAAUCAAAAGAAUCUUACUUGGUCUACCAACUUUUGCUUAGGAAGUUGAAGCCUGUGAAACAAUACCUUAGUUACUACGACUUUGAACUGGAAAAAUUUGUCGAAAACCAGAUUAACAUCAUUUUAUCCGGUAAUAUCCCAUUGGCAGAAAUCGUUGCCGAAGAUGAAGCCAAACAUUCCAAAAAUAAAGGCAAAAGGUUUGUUUUCAUUGAUUCUCAUUUGUUGCCUGCUUACUCUCCUUGUCCAGGGGCUUCUGAUGACAAUACCCAAUAUAAACACCAUCUUUCAUUACUUAAAUCUACCAGCUUCCAUGAAGUGCUUGCCAAAUCGGUGUUACGUUCUUCAAAUGACAGAUCCCCAAAGAUUUUGAAAAACGUGAGAGACUCUUUUGAUAUUGAUUCGACAACUUCUUCUCGUGGGUUAUUUUCUGCGUUCCAACUUGAAGUGCUUCAUAAUGCCACUUCUAAAGUGCCCGGCAACCAACACUCUCGUAUCUGGGGGGUUCCAUCACUUGAGGAAAUUAAUAAUAAAAAUAGCAGAAUACCUUGGAGUUGGUUUGGCACCGCCCCAGUUACUGAUGAUUACGAAGUUUGGAAAGACUUGAUGAUCACUGGCGGGAUCAGUAUGAUGAAUAUUGACAAUUUGGACUUGGGAAUGGAAAUUUACGACCAAGUUUACGAAGAAAUGGGUAGAAUGGUAAACGAGGAUUAA